AUGGACAUAUCUUCGGCUUUUCUGUCGUCAAUGAAAAACCCGGCAGAUCUCCGGACACUUGGCAUUUGUGCGGGCAAGUGGCUGAUUGCCUUUCUGGUGUGGAACGCUCAUCCGUACCUGAACUUGACUGGCAAGUUUCUGCUCAGCAUCGUCCAGUGCGUUUGGAGCUUCUAUGUGAUGACCAUGGUGCACAACGCCAUGCAUUGCGACGUCUUCCGACAUCCCGUAGUGGAGUCAGUUUGGAGGGUGCUGCUUUCAGCGACAGCCGGUGUGCCCGUGGAAGCAUACCGCCCGACGCACAAUCUCAAUCAUCACGUGUACACCCAGCAUGGUGACCAUCUUGACACGAAGCAGAUGAAGUACAAGUGGCACUUGCUGAACUUGAUCUUGUUCUUCCCGACGGUCUUUCCUGCCAUUCAGAAGCUGGAGUCCGAGUACAUCUCAAGGGAGAUGCGGAAGGGUUCCAAGCUCUUCUUCCUCUUCGUACUUCAGGUCCUUGCAGCACAUGGCACUACAGGAAUGCUGCUGUACCUCGAUUGGCAGAGGACCCUGUGCUGCUGGAUCAUACCCUACAUCUUCGGCGCAGACGCCAUAGUCACCAUGAAUAUGCUGCAGCAUGAUGGAACAGAGGACAUUGUCCUUGGAGAGCACAAGGGGCCCAAGAUGAAUGUGAACUCUGCACGCAACUUCACGGGCCCGGUGAUCAAUUGGUUCACCUGCAACAAUGGGUACCACGCAAUUCACCACAUGUACAGCAACAUGCAUUGGACGCAAUACCCGGAGAUGCACGCCAAAGUGAUCGCGCCGCACAACGACCCCUCGCUGGAUGAGCCGGACAUUCUCCGCUUCCUCUGGCGGACCUACUUUUGGCCUGGGCGUGAAAGGGAGCAUGGGCAGAAGAUGGCCUCUCUGUGGGUUGCCAACGUCACGGGCAAGGGAGAGAAGCAGAAGAAAGGUGGCCUUCGUGUUCCUACUGAGUGUUCCUGUCAGAUUUGUCGCACCAAUGUGUCCGCAGACUUGGUUGCGAUUUUGGCGGGAUUUCUAGCUUCCGAAGCGCUCGGCCAACUUCUUGAGAAGUAUUGUCGACUCCGGUUCUUCGACGAUGUUGGCCCAACUGUUGGUGAGCACUUCACGCCUCAGAUUUUGGAUCAUCGCAAGGCUUGCCUCCCGCCCAACGGCCGUGGGAAGACUCCCAGGCCAGCGCCGGCGAAGCCAGCAUCUUGCACCAUUUGUGGCAAGGACCACCGUUCCUUCGAAUGCCCCGAACGCUUCACUGCGAGCCGGCGGACCCCCAGUGCUAGCAAGCGAGGAGGAACUCCAACUGCAAGCCGCCGUACCCCGAGCAGCUUGAGGGCCAAAAGCCAGGAGAAGAGGAACGGCGUGCCAACAGCAGCCGAUACAGGCCAAGCAGCCCCGACCUCCCAGCUCCCAGAGGCCAAGGCAUCUGCGGAUGACAGCCAGGGCACUUCUGCGGAACAGGAGGACCCUCCUGGCAUAAGCUCUGCCACGCGCUGGGCCGUGGAGCGCGUGCUGUCAGCACGCAUGGCGGAUUUGGCAUGUGUUGGCCAGAAGAGCCAGACGUCUCAGAUGUCUGAUGAUUCGAAGGAUGACAAGGCUCCACAGGCUCCAGUGGCUCCGGAGAACGUGGCCAAGGCUGGAGACAUUGAAGCAGCUUGCAAGAAAGAGGCUGCACCGCAGGUGGCCGAAGAUGCUGCAAGCGCAAGGCCGGCCCCCGGCCCAAGCAGCAUCGAGUCGGAACUACUCAGCUCAGAGGCGAAGACCUGGGAGACAAUUGAGAGCUUCUGUCUUCAGCUCCAGCCAAUGCAUAUGGCUCCAGCUGCAGAAUCCGAUGAGGCUGGCGCAGGGGACGCACCCGAGAAGCCUGUGGGGGCUUCGGCCGCGGAAGUAGAGGCAUUUGAGACAGGCAAGCUACUGCAGCGUGACGUGGAAGCAACGGGAGUGGAGGACGCCGAACCAGAAGAAGUGCCAGCGCUCGACAAGACAGAAGAUGAAGCCGAAAGCUUGAUGUCCUUGCACCGCAGUCCUGAAGCAGCCAUCUCCGUGGAUCGUGGCACAGCUGUCACGGAAGAUGCGCCAAGCGCAUCCGACGCAGGUAUUGAUGACCAAGCGCCCGUGGCUGAAGCUCAGACAGCCACGCCGCCGCCAAGCCUUGAGAGUUCUGUUCUGCGGAAGGAAGAGGAAGUGGAGGAGCUGCCACUCUCCUCGUCUCCGCCAUCUCCAGAAGUAGAACCGCCCCUGCACUCAGCUGCCAAGGUUGAGGAGGCCUUGAGGUCUGUUGCAAGCACGCCUUGCCUCCAAGAACACAGCGAGGAAUCUGAACAAGCGGCUGCCACGCUCGAGCUGCUCGGCAGGAAAGACAGCAACGAGCCAGCGCCUUGGUCUUCGCAGAGCCACAUCGCCAGCGAGGAAGAUGCUGCUGCAAGUGUGGAACGCAUUCACGAAGAUGUCCAGGAGGCGGAGGCGGAGGAGGAGGACGAGCGCCUGGACUCUGUGGCAGAUGGCCGAGAGGCCUUGAGGAACCUGGUUGCGGCGCAAACUCCGUCGCCCAACACACCAGAGGAAGAUGUGAGCUGCGGUUCGCUUGCCGAAGCUUCGGCUAGUGGCACGGACAUGCUGGAUCAAGAGGUGGAGGUGAAGGAAACGGAUACGAGUGCUGAAGCUCCAAGCUUGCUCGCGGCCUGCUCGCCCAUCCCCAAGGGUUGCCCACCAGCAUCUAUCAGCGAGACAGAGUCGGAUCGGGACAGAGGCAGUCAUGACAGCGUGCCAACGGAGCGUCCUGCCUUGGUCCAGGCUCCUCAGAUGGACGAGACAGCUUCUUCCUUAGAGGACCUCGAUGCCGAAAAUCGCGAACUCCAGGUCACGCCAGCCCGUGCGGAGCUAACCGCGGAACUAGCUUCAGCCUGUGCUCGGCUGCGUCUUGAAGAAGGUCGCAACCGGCCGUCUCCCAGGACGACCACCUCGUCCUCUAGUAUCCUUGGGCGAUUUGAGCAGACAUCCUGCAUCGAGCCCUUGCUGAUGAUCUGCCAGGAGGUUCCAAGCACCCUGGGCGCGAGCAUGGCUGCACAAGGCUCAGCUGACACUGCAGCUGGAGUCGUCCCUGCAGACGAGCCAUCAGCGUUUGGCGGAGAAGAACCCCACAAGUCCAGAGAGCAAGGAUCCCAGGAGGAAAGCGAGGAAGAGCUUGCAGAGGAGUUCAGUGAGGCCCGAGGCGGCGACGGAAGCUCCGAGAUGUGGGAAGAUCAGGUAGAGUCGAUUUCUGAGCAGUGUGCCGCGACCACCUCGGCUCCCGCAGCAGCAGUGCAAAGGGCACGCGCUGCCUUGGAGCCUAUCUUUGGGGACCUGAGCAGCCUUAAGCCUGCUUGCUUCAUUCGUGCCAUCGGCUUGCAGGAGUCGCCUGCUGUACUUGCUGGUGCAAUGCUUUGCGUCGCUUUCCUAGCUCUCCCUGAGUUGGCCUGGCGAUUGGGUCCGGUCCCGGAGACGUUCGCAUGA